AUGACGACAGUGGCAAACGCUUCGAAAGCUACACGUCUAGAAAGACCAUCAGCACCAAAUGUGAUCAAUUCAAAUCAUUAUUCAAUUGAACUUGAAUGGGAGCAUGUUCGAAUCCAAGAUCAAGCACGACCAAGAAAUCGAAGAUUGUUUGAUGAAACAGGUGCAGCAUAUUCAGGUUCUUUAAUUUAUCUUCAUCAACGUGAGAAAAAAAUUGGUUCGAUUUGGGAAAAUAUUUAUAGUGGAUCAGCAUUAAGAUGCAAAAUUGAAAAUUUAAAACCACAUACUCAAUAUGAAUUUCGUAUACAAUGUAAAUCAGGUUUGAAUGGUGAACGUUCAGAAUGGUCGCCGUCAUUAUUAGCUGAAACAACACCUGAACCUAUGAAUGGCGAAACAAUUUUCAAAGCAAUUGCUGCACCUGGAAAAGAACAACUUGAAAAACUAAUCAAUUUCUUAGGCGAGGAACAUGCUCUCUUAGAGCAUCCAGAUAAAGAUGGAAAUUUACCUUUAAUGCAUGCAUGUGCAAAACUUGAUAUCAGUAAAGUAGAAUUACUGAUCAAAGCUGGAGCAAAUCUUAACAAUUAUAUUAGUUCAGGCAAAACAGCAUUAAUGGUUGCAGCAAGCACUGGUUUCAGCAAAGCGUGUGCUCUACUCAUUGAAAAUGGUGCCAAUAUUUAUAGUGUAGAUCAAAAUGGUAUAACUAUUUUACAUCAUGCUAUUGAUAGCAAAAAUUUCGAUACAGUUGCUGUAAUAAUAAAACAAUUGAAUCGUGAACAAGAUGAAAAAAUAAAAGAUAUUGAAAUAAACAGAGCAGUCGGAACGAAUAAAUGGACUCCAUUGUAUCGAGCUGUGAUUCAUGAUUGUAAUAAAGAAAUUAUCGAGCUACUGCUUAGAAAUGGUGCCAAUCCUGAAUGUCAAGAUAAAUCAACAUUUUCCACUGCUUUGCAAAUGGCUGUUAUUCGUGGCAAUCUAUUUACUACACAAUUAUUAGUAACUUAUGGUGCUAAUCCAAGAUCGAUGAGCAAAGUUAGUGGUAAAACUCUUCAAGAAUUAGCUUCAUCAACAAAUAAAACAGAUUUGAUCAAUUAUGUUAAUUCAUUACCAGGUGCUCCAAGAAUGUAA